CAUAUACAUAGAUCUAUAUAUAUAUAAGAGAAAAAGGGAAGAGCUUCAAACUCUGUUUCUGUUUCUCUCUCAAAUCAUUCUCUGUUCUCUUUUGAGAGUUUCUUUCGUCCAAUCAUCAUCAUCAUCAACUUUUUCUCUCUCUACAAAAAUCAGAAGAAGAGGAGAGAGAAAGUGACACACAUACACACACACUCUCUCUCUCUCUCUCUCUCUCUCUCUCUCUCUUCCCUGUAAUUUCGGUUCCGUACGUCUCUCUCUCUCUGUAAAUGGUAGAAUAAGAGUGACAAAUCUUCUCUCUUGAUAAUUUCGCUUUUUAGGGUUUGUCUGCUUUUUUCAGUGAAGAUUUAACUCUUUAUGUUCCUUUUGAUUAUCCUCUUCGAAUCAGCAAACCGAAAUAAAUGAAUCCCUUUACAAAUCAUUCCUCUUCAGGCCCAACAGAGAUUCCAGGAGGAAACAUUCCUAAAGAAAUGGGUCGCGGUGCCUGGGGAACUAAUGCUUAUCGUGCCUCGAGUGAUGCUACCUUGUUUUCGAGCUCAUUACCUGUUCUUCCACAUCCUAAGUUGAACUUGAAUGAUAUUGGGGGUAGCUAUACGUCUGUUGAUGAUAUCUCGUCUGGUAUAGAGAAACUUGACCAAAAUAUCGAAGAUGAUGCUUUACUAGAAGAUGGUAAAACUCAUGCGAUUGGAAAUUUGCUUCCCGAUGAUGAAGAGGAGCUCUUAGCUGGGAUUGCAGAUGAUUUGGACUUAAGCGAGUUGCCUGCCUCGUUAGAGGACUUGGAAGAGUAUGAUAUCUUUGGUAGUGGAGGAGGCAUGGAGUUAGAAACUGAUCCACAAGAGAGCCUGCGAAUGAGCUUGUCUAAGGUGAAUUUAUCUGAUGGUUCUGUUGCAAACGGGCUGCCUCCUUAUGCUGUUCCGAAUGGUGUUGGAACUGUUGCUGGAGAACAUCCUUACGGAGAGCAUCCUUCUAGAACAUUAUUUGUUCGAAAUAUCAACAGUAAUGUAGAGGAUUCUGAACUUAAAGCUCUCUUUGAGCAAUUUGGAGGUAUUAGAACUCUUUACACAGCCUGUAAACACAGGGGAUUUGUGAUGAUAUCUUAUUAUGAUAUUCGUGAUGCUCGAACGGCUAUGCGUGCAUUACAAAACAAACCACUGAGGCGGAGGAAGCUUGACAUUCAUUUCUCAAUUCCAAAGGAUAAUCCCUCAGACAAGGAUAUUAACCAAGGAACACUGGUAGUUUUUAAUUUGGAUCCGUCCGUUUCAAACGAAGAUCUUCGCCUAAUAUUUGGUGUUUAUGGGGAGGUUAAAGAGAUAAGAGAAACACCACAUAAGAGACACCACAAAUUCAUUGAAUUCUAUGAUGUUAGAGCUGCAGAAGCAGCACUCAAGUCAUUAAAUAGGAGUGAUAUAGCUGGUAAAAAGAUUAAGCUUGAACCCAGUCGACCCGGUGGAGCUCGUCGGAACUUGAUGUUGCAACUGAAUCAAGAGCUUGAGCAAGAUGAAACUCGAACCUUUCGACAUCCAGUAGGUUCGCCAUUAACCAACUCUCCACCAGGUAACUGGAUGCAGCAGUUUAACAGUCCUAUUGAACAGAGUCCCAUGCAGAGUAUUAGUAACUCUCCUGGUUUCAAGAGCUUGAGCCCAACCAACAAUAAUCUGUCUGGAUUAGCAUCGAUUUUGCAUCCCCAAGUAUCAAAUACUGUGAAGAUUUCACCGAUUGGCAAGGACCAUGCGAUCGGUAGUCAUGUGGAGCAUAUGUUUAACAAUGGUAGCUCAGUGCCCGGGUCAUCGUUUCCACUAUCAAAUUCAUAUCCCGAGCUGAAGUUGGGUGACUUCCAUGGUAGUGCACCGUCAUUUGGUCCUUCAACAUCAAAUGGAUCUAGGGUAGAAACUUUAUCAGGGCCACAGUUCCUUUGGGGAAGUCCAAGCCCAUACACAGAGCGUGCCAAUUCAGCUUGGCCAAGAACAAGUGCGGGACACCAAUAUACAUCCACUAACAAAGGCCUUCACUUUCCAAUAUCAGCUCGCCAAGGUUCUUUUCUUGGUUCGUCCCACCAUCAUCAUGUUGGAUCUGCUCCCUCUGGUGUUCCUCUAGAGAGGCAUUUCGGUUAUUUCCCCGAGUCACCAGAAACUUCUUUCAUGGGUCAUUUGGCGUAUGGAAGCAUGGGCUUAGGAGGCCUCAAUGACAGGAAAGUAUUGGCGAAUAUGGGUCCUCGUACUGCUGCCAUCAACGCUGGAAUGUCAUUACCGGGAAACAUGUCUGAAAAUGGUUCUUCAAACUUUAAGAUGAUGUCCUCUGCAAGGCUUAGCCCCAUGUUUUUAAACAAUGGCUCAUACCAUGGUCAACCAUCUACAACCAUUGAUGGUUUUGCUGAGCGUGGUGCCCGGAGCAGACGAGUUGAGAACAAUGGAAACCUUGUUGAUAGCAAGAAACAAUUUCAGCUUGAUUUGGAUAAAAUUAUCGGUGGGGAAGACACCCGAACAACUUUAAUGAUAAAAAAUAUCCCAAAUAAAUACACUUCAAAAAUGUUACUUGCUGCCAUAGAUGAAAAUCACAGGGGUACCUAUGAUUUUCUCUAUCUGCCAAUUGAUUUUAAGAAUAAAUGCAAUGUGGGUUAUGCUUUUAUUAAUAUGCUGUCUCCUUCUCACAUCAUUCCUUUCUAUGAGGCAUUUAAUGGGAAGAAGUGGGAGAAGUUCAACAGUGAGAAAGUUGCAUCUUUGGCAUAUGCUCGGAUCCAAGGAAAGGCGGCCCUUGUUACUCACUUUCAAAACUCGAGCUUAAUGAAUGAAGAUAAACGUUGCCGCCCAAUUCUCUUCUAUUCCGAGGGUAGCGAUGAGGUUAUUCAGGAACAUCUUCUCUCAAACAGUUUGAACAUCCAAGUCUGUCAACCGAACGAUUCACACUUAGGUGAUUCGUUGGAUAGCCCGCCAGAACAUGUCUUUCAUGACAUACCCGAAAAGAGUCAAUAGUACAUGGCACAAAUUGCCGCUGACCUAUUUUGAUUGCGGCUGUGGGUUCUAACCAUUGCACAUAAACUCAAGUGUACAAACUUAGGGACAAGAGAAGAAAAAAGAAAUAGUUGGGUGGUGUUAAGUUUAUUGUGUUAUAUAGCCUUUUUUUUCUUUCUUUUUUUGCUGUUAUCAUCUGCAGAAAGAGCUUCGACGUUUUUGAUGUGCGGCUCGGUGGACUCGGGGAACAUGGAGCUCUGGUUCUCCUGAAAUUGUCAGAUGCUUUGGGGACAUAAUGCUAAUCUUCCUUUUGGUCUCAUUUUUUUUUUUUUUUGUUUUUAUGGUCUUAUUUGCUGAUUCAGUGUUCAUAUGGAUAUGUGUGGAUAAAUUUGUUCUUUUUUUGAGAGGAUUGGUAAUUUAACAUGGGGUGAAAAAAAUUGUAAAUGGGGGGAGGAGAGAAAUAUGUUUUCUUUUUUCUUUUUGUCAUUUUUAUUUAAUGUAUUUAGAUCUUUGAAUCCAUAAGUACAUAUAUUUAAGGAACAUUAUUGCCAGA